ACGACUGCACACAGACUUGCAGGAGCAGCAGUGGAUGGUAGUCGGCUGCACAGAAGGCUCUUUUCUCCGGCUCCUCCCUGUCGACUCAGAAGUGUUUGUUUAAAAAUCUCUCGAUAUCUUAAUCUUUUUUUUUUUUUAUCUGAUUAGUUUGACAAAGAAGGGUGGAGUUCCUCGUGGCUUCAUAUAUAUACUGAAUCAACAUGAGCUCUCAAUCCUUCAGCACUAACUUGCAGUCCAAGAUGCAGAUGGCUCAGGACGUGAAAGACGAGGAUAAGUUGUACAGAUACAACGGGAUCCUGUAUCCUCGCAUCAUGUGUCCCGAGGAGCAUCUGAAGGCUCUGGGGAACAUCACGGCCAGAGAGGACGACGUCAUGCUGGUGGCUUAUCCAAAGUGUGGUUUUAACUGGAUGGUGGGCGUGUUGAGGAAGAUCAUCGCUCAGGCCACUGGGAUGGACACUGAAUCCAAGAUGCCGCCGCUGAUCGAGUUUUUUGGACCAGAAGCUGUGAAGAUGAUGGACGGCGCUCCCUCUCCCAGGUUUCUGGGGACUCACAUGCACCCGGACAACAUCCCAAAAUCCUUCUAUGAAAAGAAAACCAAAAUGUUGGUGAUCUUCAGGAACCCAAAGGACACUCUGGUCUCCUUCUUUCACUUCUCCAACAACAACCCAGUCCUCCCUUCAGGACAGUCCUGGGACACCUUCUACUCCGACUUCAUGAGCGGAGAAGUUCCCUGGGGUUCAUACUUCGAUCACGCUCUGGCCUGGGAGAAGAAGAUGGACGACCCCAACGUCAUGGUUGUCACCUAUGAAGAACUGAAACAGGACUUGACUAAGGGCGUCCUUGAGAUCUCCACGUUUUUUGGCUUUGAGCUGACGGAGGCUCAGGUCCAGCAGAUCUCAGAGAGCAGCACCUUCAGCGCCAUGAAGAAGAGCUCCGCAGGCAACCACGCCAUCGGAAACAUCAUCUUCAGAAAAGGUGAGGUCGGGGACUGGAAGAACCACUUCACACCAGAACAAAGCAAAGAGAUGGACGACGCCUUCAACAAACACCUGGCAGGAACCAGGCUGGGAGCCAAACUCAACUACCAAGUGCACUGCCAGUAGGAAGCAAGGAGGCAAGAGAGGAAGGAAGGAGGAUAGAUUGAAAAUAGAAGUAGAAGACAAGCUAAAGGGAACUUUUUCUGCCCUGAGUUGAGUCUGACAGACCUCGUCCUCAGGCAAUGAUUUGGACUCAACCUUCAACCAUCAGAAUUCAGAACAUGUUAAACAUGAAAACAUGAUUCAAAAACAUGUAACAAAUGCAACAUUAUCAACAGAGUAUGAAGAAACAACUUUGUUGUCAGAGAUGUGGUGUGUUUAAGAGAUGUCUACUGAAGUUAGCAUGCUAACCAGCUAGCCCUGGCUCGCCCUGUCUCCUAAUACCACUUUGUUUUCACCCACUGAUGUCGCCAGUUAGCUCCACAGCUAUCUGAGCUAACUACACUUCUUUUCUAGUUGCCAUAGCCAAAGACAGCUACAGAAAUCUGUGUAAUGGAGCAGAAGUUAUGUCGAGUUUUAGAGCUACCUUCGAAUUUUGACCACAAGUUUCACCUUCAGCCUGAAUCAUUUUAUUGGUUGAGGAUGGAAGUCUCAGCUCAGGGCUAAAAGUUCAAGCUCAAAGAAUGAAGGUAGAAAAUGUAGACAUGUACUAUGUAUUGUCUUGUUAAAUCAUGUGAACUUUUGUUGCUAUACAAUUUGUACAACACAGAAUAUUUUUAAUAAUAUUUUGGGAGGUCAGUCUCCAGCUCCAGCCUUAUGCUAAGCUAAGCUAACAGGCUGUAGCUUCACAUUUACCAGUAGGGUGGCAUUAACAUUCUCAUCGAACGCUCUGCCAGAAAGGGAUCAAGAGUAAUUUCAAACUCUCGACACACAUGUGACUGAAUAUCAGUGAAAUCAAACCAAACAAAGACGAUGUUCAGAAACUUUACUUGAACAUUUGAACAGUUUUAAUCCCUCAUGCUGGUCUUAAACAUUCUGCUGUGUUUGGUUUCUGUUUGCUCUGAGCAAAUGCAGAUUUGUAUUUAUCAAAACCAAAGUGGAUCAGAAUCUGCUGUUUGCCUUCUGGGUUUGAUUUUUCUCACACUGCACAGUUUGGACUACCUUUGUAAUGGCAGCUAAUCACAGAUGUCAUCUCUGGUUGUGAAAUGGUGCUACGAUUAUAUCAUGGGGCUUUUAUAAAUAUGCACAAUCACUGUUUGUAUGUAAAAACUGUAUAUUACAUACAGAACAUAACUGAACAUGAUCAUGAACAGAAAUAAAACUUUUUU